AUGUUUGAUGAGCUUAAACCAGCAAUAUACGAGAACGACAAAGUAGAUCGAGAUUUAUUAAAUAUGUUAAUAAAUAAAAUAGACACUCCAUUCAGAGUUCAUGUCGAUCAGGGUAUAUCUAUGCAUGCCUUAGAAACAAAGUAUUCAAACAUCAAAGCACUGGAUGACCCCAGAGCUAUAUCACAAAGGUACAGGAAAAUAUCUAACAACACAUUCAAUAAACAAAAUAACACUAACAAUAACACUGUCACCACUAACAACAAGCCAAGCCAAAAUAACCAGUCCCAUAAUAAUAAUAACAAUAACAAUGCCAGACAAAGUCUGAAUGGACGGUCGAAUCCCAAUCAUAACGCCGGCCCACCUCAGAGCGAUCAGGCAAUUCAACAAUCGUAUAACAGGCCACAACCCGGUCAAAAUCAAAAUUCUAAACCCAACCAUAAUAACAAUUAUAACAAUAGGAACAACGGUUCAAGACAGACAAGAAUGUCUCAUAUGAGCGUUGACACCCAAAGGAACGAUUCCAUGGCUAUGGAGAUCGGAACUUUGGAAGAAAAUCGGGCAGAAGAAGAGGACGAGAUAAACAUAAUGGAGGUCGAAUCAACCGACGAGGAAGACAAUAGGUCCUUAGCCGUUCAAACGGUUCACUCUAAAGAAGAAGAUCAGGGUUUCGACAUGCCUAUCCUAGAAACAGCCGUUAACAGAUUCAAAGUACAGCUAAUUUUUGCGGAGAGAAAACCUGAGGCCAUCGUACAGGUGUUCGGAAAAAAAAGAAUUUACAUUAGCAAAAAAGACUUGGAAGAUAACCAAGCAGUAAACACCCUCCGACGAGAAAUAACAACAGGAAAAAUAGGAGUUUUCUCACACCUUAGCGACCAUGAGUUUUACCAAUUCCAGAAAAUACUAGAAAAAGAAUAUACCUCCAACCCGAAGAUUAAUGAUGAGUGUUUAGCAGUACUCAGAAAAUCUGAUAACAAAAUGCGGUUUGGUCUGAGAAAGGCUAAACUGAAAAUAUUCAAAGCAGACAGCAAUAACAAUGAAGACGAUCUAGAUGAGGUCGACAACAACAUACACCCAGAAAAGCUAAAAAAGCUCUACCUAGCUGAAGACGACGAACAGCCUGAUGCCUAA